CCUUCCGCUCUCCAUUGCUUUCUCCCUUGCAAUGGCAUAAUGGCAUCCGGGCUGGUGGGGCUGCUGCUGCGGGGGACUCGCUGCCUCCUGGCGCCCGCCGCUCCCUCUCUCCUGCCGGUCCGGGGAGUGAAGAAGGGAUUCCGCGCCGCCUUCCGCUUCCAGAAGGAGUUAGAGCGGUGGCGCCUGCUCCGGUGCCCGCCGCCGCCCGUGCGCCGUUCAGAGAAGCCCAACUGGGAUUACCAUGCUGAAAUACAAGCAUUUGGCCCUCGGUUACAGGAAGCCUUUUCCUUAGAUCUUCUCAAAACUGCAUUUGUUAAUAGCUGCUAUAUUAAAAGUGAGGAGGCCAAACGUCAAAAACUUGGAAUAGAGAAAGAAGCUGUUCUUCUGAACCUUAAAGAUAAUCAAGAACUGUCUGAACAAGGGGCAUCUUUUUCACAAACUUGCCUCACACAGGUUUUUGAGGACGCAUUCCCAGACUUGCCCACUGAAGGCGUUAAGAGUCUGGUUAACUUUCUCACCGGUGAGGAAGUUGUGUGUCACGUGGCUAGAAACUUGGCAGUGGAGCAGUUAACGCUGAGUGCAGAAUUCCCAGUCCCCCCGCCUGUAUUACGGCAGACUUUCUUUGCAGUGAUCGGAGCCCUGCUACAGAGCAGCGGACCUGAGAGGACUGCACUUUUCAUCAGGGACUUCUUAAUUACUCAAAUGACUGGAAAAGAACUCUUUGAGAUGUGGAAGAUAACAAAUCCCAUGGGGCUACUGGCAGAAGAACUGAAGAAAAGGAAGAUUUCAGCUCCUGAAUCUAGACUUACUAGGCAGUCUGGGAGCACCACAGCUUUGCCCGUGUAUUUUGUUGGUUUAUACUGUGAUAAAAAGUUGAUUGCAGAAGGACCCGGGGAGACAGUGCUGGUUGCAGAAGAAGAAGCUGCUCGAGUGGCCCUCAGGAAGCUCUAUGGCUUCUCCGAGAACCGCCGGCCCUGGGACUAUUCGAGGCCUCGAGAGCACAGAAGAGCAGAAAAGAGCGUCACCGCCAGCUAGCCCGCCAGCAAGGGUGAGCAAAGCAGGGACACGGACGUCAGAGAUGUUCCAAGCUGGACGUUUUUUAAAUUGUAAAGAAAUACGCCUUACUCCUCAUCCUGUGUUCCUAAAAUUAAACAAGUAUUUUAUCAGGUCACUUGCUUUCUUUUUAAUCAUUUUUGUUUUGUCAAAAGUCUUUUUUGAUAUUUUUCCAGUAAAUUUUAGCUGAAGUCCUUGAUUUUAUUAUUGUAUUUAACUUGUACAGUUAGUUGUGUUUUAUUCUGUUCUAGCUUGGAGGUAAUCAUAAUUUGAAUAUAUGUUUUAUGUGAACUUUGCUGUAAUACCAAUAAAAAGGUUAUUCUUUAACUA